CCCUUCUCACCUUGCUUUCAUGUCAAACAAGCAGACAUUUAUUGACCUUGACGCAACUGACAGCUUAUUACUCAAAAAGGCUAUUCCUAGACAAAUCAUCUUUUGUGUUGAUGUCUCCAAAGAAAUGAAUUCACCUCUAAGUGCUUCUAUAGAUGGAGGCUUAAACAAUACUAACCUAAAGACCAGUACGAGACUAGAGACUAUCAUUCGUUUUAUAAAGAGAUAUAUCUUAAUGAAUAAGCUCAUUGGCAACAAAAAUGAUAAAUACGCGUUUAUGCUAUUAAAGGAAAAGAGUGAAUGGUGGAAACCUUUUACUUUGGAUGAACAAGAAGCCUGCUCAUAUGCUGAUAUGCUAGAUGAGCAAAUUGGCAGUACAUCUUAUGAUAGCUUUCAAUUAGAAUCGUUGUUUAAAGAUAUCUCUGUAAAUGCAAAUCUAGAUGACAAGUCUACUUUUACUCAGGCAAUAGUGAUUUACAGUAGAACCAGAGUGAUUCCCGAAAGGAGUUUAAAUGAAGAAUGGUGUGUUGAGGCUCAGCUGGUUUAUGAUGCCUGGAAUGAUCUUGAUAGUGAUCAAGUGCCUGGCUGGUAUUAUGAAAUGGUCAAGGUGUUGGGACAAGAUAAUGUGUCCAAGGCAUUAUGUCAAUUAUUAGCACACCCAUUACAAAGAGGAAAACAAGAGGGAAUUGUGAAUGUGAUUUAG